GGAGGCUUAGUACUUCCGGAAACAAGACGCAAAGCAUCAUGGGACUUAGAGUACAUUUGGAGGUUGUCAGGGAGAUUCUAAGUCAACAAGCUUCAUCUCGUCCCACACUUUCACAGGCAGAAGAACUGUAAGCUUUUCAGACAUGAGUCAGUUCUUGGGUCGUCGGGACUGCGUCGAAAGCCUCCGGAGAGACCUCGUAGACCUUCAAGGUGCGACCGUGGACGUCUUCUCAAGAACCGGACCUGUCAGGUUCUCCUCCUGGAAGUUCCCUGAUAAACUGUCCUGUAACCUGGACAUGGUAGCUCUUCUGGAGCAAUAUGACUUCACGGCUGGAGAUGAAGCAUUCAGCCAACAUUCCCACAUUGUGUUAUUGGAGCUGGUUAUUGACAGACUACUUCUUCUUCUGCAAAGCUUCAAUGCUUAUAUUGAGCUCAUGAGGUGUGGCCAUAGGAGAGAACAAACCAAUGGAUGCCUGUCAGUCGGGCUUGUUGUCCGAAACUAUUGGAGCAAUUUAAUUGAAUUUGCCAAAGGCCCCUCUAAAGACAUCACACAACAGACAAAAGCAAAAAGUACAUUUGAGACAGAAGCAACAUCUUCCGUUUCUCACCAGUUGAGCUCAAAGAGGGAUGUUUGCAGAUGUUUAUCUGCUGGGUCUUCCCCAAACACCAUUCACCAUGUACCAUCUGGUCCUGCUCACAACAGCCCCCUCUACCCUAAAGUUGACAGGCACACUGUAAACUGCCAGACAGUUGAAUCAUCCCUUGUUCCCUGCGACGCAUGUCAUCAAGUGCAAUCUCUUUUGAGAAAAACAGGACAUGCUUUUGUAGAUCUGUUUGAGAGCGAGGGUCUGCCCUCCUCUCUGCAGCUCCUCCUGGGAGCUGUGGAGGACACCCUGGAGCCAGGACAGAUGACAGCAACAGACGUCGUCCAGUGGGCCAAUGAGCAGCUCAGAGACAUGCGCCGGCUGGCAAAACAUCUCCGGGAUGUGCGGGGUACAGUGCAGCCUCUUACGGAGAUGCUAUCUGCAGCAGAAAAAGAGCGGGACAGUUUCAGGACUCAGCUUGAAAGAUCACAGAAAGAGUUCAAGCAAGAGAUUCAAAAACACCAAGCAAAUACUGUCCAGCUGGAGUUUUCACUGCGAAAAGCACAGAGGUCAAUGAAUGAAACUGAGCAACGACUACAUGAGGAGCAACAACAACUAAAAAGAGAUGCUCUCUGCUUGAAGGAGAGUGUUUCCAGACUGAGCGAGAAAGUAGCAGAACAGCAAGACACAAUACAAGCACUUGAAUGUGAAAAUAUUGUGCUGCAGGAGAAGGUGAGGAGCUUAAACAUAGAGGUAGAGGCCUGUUGUAAACUACAGCAAAGGAUUCAGCAGUUAGAGGGUCAAAUAAAGGAAACUCAACUCCAACUUGACAAAGAGAAUGCAAAGUACCACAGCGCUUGUCGUCAGCAAGAGUCAAUGCAGGCAAAGCAGACAUCUUUGUUAAAGAGGGUUGAUGCUCUGGACGAAGAGUGUGAGGAGCUUCAGAGUCAGUUGGGAGAAAAUGAGGAGAGGCAGAUCGGCCUUCACAAUCAGCUGCAACAGAUGUCAGAGGAGAAGGAGCAAGUGCAGGCUCAGCUCACUCAGCAGCAGGACCUGUGUUCAGAGCUGCAAAGGGAGAAGCAGACUCUAGAAACACACAUAAGCGAGCUGAAGAAGAGUGUGACCGAGCUGGAAGAAGGCACACAAGCUUUCAGAGAGAGGGAGAGACUGUUGGUGGCCUUCCCCGAGCUCAGCCCUCUGGCUCAGAACCAACCACAGAGUACAGGAAAUGUGCUUAUGGAUAUGGAGCGACAGCUGCAUGCAAAUAACAUUCGUAUCAAAGUUCUGGAGCAGGAAAACGCCACGCUGCACACCAGCCUCUUAAAACUGAGGGAAAGAGUACAAAAUAACAACACAAGGGAAGCCUCACCUCAGCAUGCAUGGAGCUUCCCUCUGCCAAACACUCAAACAGAAGAAAAACAACAAACUCACCUGACACAAAUGCAGACGACGUCAUUGCAGAGCUACAGCGCAGCAUGGAUGGGAUGCAGUAACAGAGGGAAGGAGGCCAAACGAGGAGGAAGUGGUCCGGAGUCAGCUGCGUCAGGGGAUCAGGUAUCUACUGCUUCUGCCUCCCCCUCGUCACUGCAACUCCACCUUCAGACCCUCCACCUCAACACGGACUCCACUGCUGCAGCUAAAAGCAACACAAAGACACGCAGUAGCUUUCUCCUUGCUCGCUCCAGGAGCUCAAAUCAGAGGAGAAAAUGAAACUGAAUGCAAACAAACAGAAGACUGAAUUUCAAUCGCAGGAAGACAGUUUUGUAUUAGGAAAAACAUUAGCCAACCCUACAUGAAUAUGUCUUUUUGUACAACAUAACACAAUAACUCUGAUAUAAUUGUAAUCUGGCAUUGUCAUAAUGUACACUUUCAACAGUGUGCAAACUUUUUUCAUCAAGUAAAGUUGCAAUAACCUCACUGUGUAUAUACAGACUUUCAUUUUACUGCUGUUGAAACAGGGCGUUGAUGGUUUUGUCAUAUUAGGUUUCCUGAUAUAUGAUCUGCGUCUCAAACUGGCCUGCAGGUAUCUGAAUAGGAAGCCCAGACAGCAGAUGAGUCACAUGAUUCAGAGUAAAUUGGGCGUUUUGUAAAAUCUUAAAUGUCACACAAAUACUGACACGGAGACAGGCGUUUUGUAGCCCUAAGUACUUAUUGACGAGGAAGGGGAGAGGGAGUUUCCAUGGAGACGCGAGAGCUCACAGGAUCCGUGCUCUGCUGAAUCACUAGAGACCUUUUAGUUUACGCCCUUGAGGAUCAUCUGUCAGUGAAUCCAUAAUACUGCACUGAAGACACAGGAUGUGGAUCAGUGGGACGGUUGGGACUUUUUAUGUCAUUUUUGUGUUUCACUACACAUUAUGAGGUUUGAGGCUGUAAUUUGAGCUCAUUUGUGUAAUAUGAGUCCAAUUUGGAGCCUCAAGAGACUUUGCUUGUGUCAGUGUUGUUUCAGUGAAACACAUUUUCUAUUUGUUCUUCUAUCGCUCUGUCUUCAUAGAAGAGUUGUGCUCUGAAAACACCUGACUAUAAUAUCUAAUUUUAUCCCUCACCUAUACUACCUGAAUGAACUCCUGAGGUAUUGUUCAUUCACUUUAAUGACAGCCCCUGACCUACCUGAGGGUUAAUCCCUAAAUUGGGUUAACGAUACAGCUGUGUCACCAAGCAUGAAAUUAAAGCCAAUGAAAGAGAUGGCAGUAAGAAGAAUCAGAAGAACAUUGGCAUUUAGUCUCAAUAUUCAAGAGAAGAAAAUGUGAGCUCUAAACUAUGUUGAAGCAGAGGUGAGUAUUAGACGAUGAUGCCUUUUCUAUUGAAAAUAUGUUUUAGAGAAAAGAGAUUUAGAGAAGAUGAAGAGAUUUUUUUUUUGUUCUGUGCAGCAAAAAAGUAGCACACUCAACUGUGAUACAAUAUUUCAGGUGCAUGACAUCAACAAGACUAAACAGACAAAAAAAAAAGUCAGCACACUAAAUGUCCAGUGUACAGAUCAACAAAGGACACUUUUCAGCACAAGGCCUUCUUCAGCAUUUAGAAGGAUGUUUAGUGAGCUGACUUUUUUGUCUCUCUUUUUAUUGUUCUGUGCCUUAAAAAAAACACAAAUUCAAUUAAAUGACCAACUUGGAUUAAUGAAAGGUUUAAAGAGGAAAAUACUCUUAAUGGCUGCAAGAAUAUUUCAUGUAUGCAUUGUAUAAGAAAAUGGACUAACAAAUUUAAUAUGAGUUACAUACUGUACAACAUCAAUGUCUAAAUGGCCAGACAUCUGACCAUUUACAGACGCUUGAGUGUACUGUAGACUAGCUUAUCUAACACAACAAUUAUUAAAGUGAUUCAAAGAGAU